AUGCUUAUCCUCGUUUUGUUAAUAUCGAUCUGGUUCGGCUGCGCUGUGGCACAUAAGUCGCCGUACAAGCCCACAAUUAGACCUCGACAAACUCCUCAGCCAGAGGCUCAGAUGUGGGAGUUCGUGAAAGGCGGAUUCUCGAGAAAAUUUGUCGAGUCUAAAUGCACCGAUGAACAGAAAGAAAGGCUUAAAAGCGCUUGGGAAGAUGCGAAGUUAAUUAUAGAAGCACAAACCAACAUCAUUGCCGGCUACGACUAUGACCUCGUGCAUAGAACAUGGAUGGGUGAUGACUGGGACGCGAGGGAUACUCCUGAGAAAGAGGGUUGGGGUAAAAUUAUCGAAGAUAAUUUUGCUCGCAUUGCAGGGCUGUUUAGAGGAGAGUAUGGCAAAAGCGAAGAAUUUUUUUGGAGGUAUACACCAGAGCCGGACGAUGAUCUGUGUGAUGACGGUAAAAUGUACGCCAAUAACUACUAUAAUUUAGACUUCCACCUGUCCGGUAAUCACAUGCAUACAAUAACUUUUUGUCCUCCGUACUGGUCUUUGGAGACGAUUGGAGAACAAAUUGCAAGACACAAAGACGACGAAAUGGGGCAGAUGAACAUGGUCAAUUUCGUGGCCACCACCAGUCACAUAAUGUUACAUGAGAUUUACCACAUCAAACUCGCGACUCAACCACAAACAAUCGAUUACGCAAUAGAAUACCACGAAGCUUUGGAUUUGGCUAGAACCUAUGGAAUGGAAUUUACACAUGUAAACUCAGACUCGUACACUCACGACGCAGUAGCCAUCUAUCUCCAGCAAACUUUCAAAUCUAGUAAGCCGCCUACGCGACUUAUUUGA